CCUCACGCUCACUACAAUAACUGUUCCUUUCUAUUUUUUGUUCAUUAUUUUUCUUUUGUAGUCUCCCAAAAGCCGUCAAGAUAGAUUCAGAUCGCAAGAGGAAGAAAUCUCCGAUCUCAUCCGUAGAUCGACCGCCUGCGAAGGAGGAUAAACAUAAAGAUAAAGCUCCCACGACCUCCACCCACCACCACCACCACCACCACAAGAAGAAGAGCAAGAUGUCAUCUUCAUCGGCGGCCGAUAAAGUGAGGGCAUCGCACAUACUGAUCAAGCACAAAGGCUCCCGCCGUAAGGCUUCUUGGAAGGAUCCAGAAGGUCAAGUCAUUUCCAACACCACCAGAGACGCCGCCGUCUCACGGCUCAAAGCCCUCCGUGAAGACAUAGUCUCUGGCAAGGCUAAGUUCGACGAAGUGGCCAGUCGAUACUCUGAUUGCAGCUCCGCUAAACGUGGCGGGGAUCUCGGUUCUUUUGGUCGAGGGCAGAUGCAAAAGCCAUUCGAGGAUGCAUCAUAUAGCCUUAAGGUUGGUGAGAUAAGUGACAUUGUGGACACCGAUAGCGGAGUUCACAUCAUCAAGAGAACAGGUUGAUUAUUGGUGACUUCUUGGAUAUGUUGAGCAACUAGUUCAAUGUUGGGAAAGUGUAUCCAAGAAUAUUCCGAAAUUACUUUCGAUUCUGCCUACUGCCUAUUCGAGUGAAAUUUAACACUUGACAAUUACCUUUUAGAUGCUUGGGACUAGUUUGCUGGGGGCAUUUAAUUUCUGAACCAUAUUGAGAUUAUUUGCUUGUUUAUAAUAAAAGGCUUCUGGUUA